AUGGAAAACACCCAACCAGCCCGGGCGUGGGUUGACGAGCAGGAUGCGGUGGAGGAAAAGGAAUUGCCGGCCUUUCUUCGGCAAUCCGCGGCGCUGCCCUCCUGGGCGGUCUCCGACGCCACCCUUGAAGCACGCGCCGGCGCGAACGACGACGACGACCACCUCCCUGGUGAAGCCGCCGCGCGAAAGCGGUUUCGCUCCGAAGGCUUAGCCACCCUUCUUUCCCAGACGGCGCCGCUGUUGGAUUCGAAAACGCGGGGGAAUCGCGCGGCGGGCGCCGCGGUGGUUUCCACCCUUCCCCUCCCACGCGAUGCCGCGCGGACGAUCCAAUGGCACCCCAACGGGCAGCUCGUGAUCGUCGGGGGGAAUCAUCACGUCUACACCUUUCACGCCGCCGGGCGCUACGUGGAGCGGCUUUCCAAGGUCGACAUCGGCGCUCGCAUGGAGACGAGCUGUCUGACCAGCUCCGGCGAGGAGCUGCUCCUCGCCGGCCACGACGCGACGAUGCCGUCGAUGCUCGCCGUGGCGACGGAGCGGCUCACCCCGCUGCGGUUUCUCGACGCGCGCGGCACCGCGCCGUAUCGAACGCCGCGGCGGGAUCAGUCCAAACGCGACUUCGCGAUCACGCGGAUCGCGGAGCGGGCCGGCGUCGUCGCGGUCGCGAGCGGCCCCCUCGUAAGGCUCGCCUCCCUUCGCUCCGCGGGCGUCCUCGCGAGGCUCGCGCUGGAUGAUCCGGUGAACGACCUCGCCUUCCCGGGGCCGGAGCGGCUCGCGAUCGCGACGGGGUCGGAGCUCCGCCUGUACGAUCUUCGCCACACCGCGCGAUUCCUCGAGGCGUUUCGCGAUCCGGCGGUGCGGGGGAUCACGCGGGUGGGGUGGGGGCCGCACGCCCUCGCGAUCGGCUCGACAAGUGGGGUGGUGAGCCUUUACGACGGGGAGCCCGCCUCGCCAAAAGGGGUUUCCCCGAUUAAAACGUUUAAAAAUCUCACCACCGCGAUCGACGCGGUGGCCUUCGGGAGGGAUCGCGCGGGCGAGGUCGUUCUCGCCUUUUCGACGCGCGCGCAAAAGGCGGGGUUUCGCCUCGCGCGGUUGCCUUCGUGCGGCGUCAUUCCCUCCUUUCCGGCCGCGACGAUGCGGCAUGGUUUCGUGCAAUCCCUCGCCUUCGCUCCUACCCUCCCCAUCCUCUCCGUGGGGGAGCGGCAGAAGGUUACAAACUACUCCAUCUAA